AAGAAGAAGGGUAGUUUGGGCGUUGGGGACAUAAUGGGAAAUAAGAAGAAAGGGAAGGGCAAUAGUGUAAGUUGGGUUUGUGCCGACUGUGGCCACACGGAGGGGCAGUGGUGGGGGAUGUGUCGAUCGUGUGAGAGCGUGGGGACGAUGAGGAGGUUUUCUGAAGGGGAUAGUGGAAAUGGACGCGUGGUGGAGCCGCAGAAGCCGGAAAAGGUGCAGCCAAAGCGUUUGCGAGAUGUGAACAAGGGGAUUAGUCAGUUGAAUCGGAGAAUUCCUCUGUCGGAAAUUUGGAACAACUGUAAGAUAUUGCAACCUUUGGUAAUGAAGAAAUCUGUGAGGGAUAGUAGGGUCAAGUGGAGUGAGUAG